UCGCACUCUCAGCUUUCCACAAUCAUCUCAAGGCGAAUCGGAUGCAUCAAGCGGCCACCAAACGUGGCGCGGUCAACGUCAAGGAAGAAUCACAAUGGCGUGUGCGCGCGCACUCAAGGCUCGAUCCAAGAAGUCGAGACUGCCGCGCGGAUGGAUGUGCAUGGAGGACAUCCGAGCACGAGCCACCGGUCCGCAUGAGUCGUGAGGGUGGCACCGCGAAAAGCGUGUACCGUACCUACAUGUGCGCAGUCCCGGACGGGCCGUGUGUCACACCCUCAUCCUCGGCAUGAUCAGCACCAUGCGACUCGAAAAAGUCGUCGUGAGUGAUUGCGCAGGCACGAGUCUUGCAGCUCGAGCCUCGUGAUGCACAAGUCUGCCCAAAGUGCGGACCACCAAACGCCUUUUAGCGUGACUGCGUGACUGUCGCACAAGCUUUUGCUGCUGCGAUGCCAUUCAUUUGCCAUGCAGACGCGGGUCCUCGUCAGGUGCGACCAAAGGAUGACUCUCUGGCCAGGCUCUGAGCAGGCAUCGCCACGUCCAUCACGAUCAUCACCGGGGGGGGACAUCCCAGCGAAGAGCUUCGCGCGGCUUCGCGCGGCUUCUCUCACCAAGUCGGGCCAUCCCGGCACACAUCAUCCAAUCACACUUAUGACUCACGCAAAAAUGACCGAACCAGCGUUUAUACGCACCCGAUACGAGCAGUACAAGCGGGACACGCAAGAGAUUGCCAAUUGGCUCGGUCGAGAGGCUAUCCGGCAUGACUUUCCGCUGGGCAAGCUGGCACGAUUGGCCGAGAAGACGCCUGCUGCGAAGCAGGUCUCGAAAAGCACAUCGACUACCAGCGAUGCAUCCGUUGCGGGUCUGGGCUUGCUCGAACGCUCGAGUCUCAACAAGCAGCCACAUGCGCAGCAGACCGCAGACGAGCGCGCAGGGAACGACACGACAACGCGCUGGCAAGGCAGAUUCCUCCUCAAGACGUCGCAAUAUACCGAAAUCGCAAAGCAUCUGGUGGACAAGGGUGUAGAGAUUCCGCAGCAAGUCAAGGAUUUGGUGAAGCGAUGCAGCCAUAGGAGGACGCAAUUCUUGCGCGACUCGGCAGACGAUGCGUCGUACAAGCGCAAAGGUCACUUUUACUUCAUCGCGGUGCUCGACCAUGUCGGCGAGAUUUUUGCGCGGGAUCGUGCAGCACAAAAAGCUGCACUUGCGGCUAGGACGCGCGUCGAGACUGCUCCGAGCGCGUCAGCAACGUCUUCGAAUGCCUUUGCUCCUCUGAGCGAUCUAGAGGACAUGCACCCGAUAGACGUACCUGACGUCGAGCUACCGCCUAGCUCCGCUCAAGGAGACAAAGAUCCAGCAGCAAACGCCUUCUUUGAAGUGCAACAAGACCGCGCUUAUGCGCUCUUGCUUUUGCUCAACUUUUUCGACGACCUUCACGAGGUGCGCGCAUACAUCAAGCAACUGUGGGUAGAUCACCGAGAGGGCAAGAUCGAUCUCAUGACAGCUGCGAUCACGAGCAACACGGCAUUGGAGCUGCUGCGAAAACCUCACGACGAGGUCAUGCAAAAGGUCCAUGCGUUCUACUCCGAUUGGACCGACGUCAUGCACGCCCUGUACAUUUUCCGUCAGCUCGAGAUCGCUCCGCCAAAUCAACUGCGCUUCGAUAUUCCGGCGUUUGGGGAUGCGUCGCUAGAGCACGCGGCUCGUUCCGUUCGCGACGCGCUUGAACACCUUUUCCUACCCAACACGCAGAUUCUGCGAGGCAUAGCGCAGACGAUCGAUAGCAGCGGACCGCCAAUGUACAGGCCAGGCUACUUUGGCACCUACCAGCCUACGCAGAACCCAGAGGCUUGGAGCUUCUCGAAGAGAUGUCAGCAGCUUCACAUUUUGAUCUCCGAGACGCUUCCAGAGUUCUUGAUGGUGGUGAGCAUGGACCUCACCUUUGCCUCGAUGCUGCCUCCAGGAACGCCGCCGGAAGUUUUGCAGCAAUUUCAACGGGCAAAUUCGGACAUGAACGAUUUCAGGGUGGACGAAACGGGCAUCGAGAUGGAUCGGCUGCAGAGAUCGCGAAGAGUGAGCUUGCUUCUCGUCUUCUUCUCCCAAGUCGUCGCGGAUAUCAAUUGGACUUUGGGCAAGGCGUCCAAGACCGCUCUAGAGCAACUACGAAGCGCAGCAGGUCACAUGUCCAAGACGAUCAAGCAGCGAUCGGCAGUCGAGGGUGGCAGGCAUCCUCGUGACUGGGCCUCCACAAACGAAGAGCUCAUUAGCGACUUUGUGAAGCGCGCCGAUCGUUGGCACAAGGACGAUUUGCUGACCACGCUGCGCAAAGACGCGGCAAAACAUCUAGGUCGUCGAGUGCAGGAUUACGACAGCUUGCUGCUUCCUCGCCAUCCGCUCUUUUGCGGCGUGCUCCUUUUUAGAUUGCAGCUCGAGUAUCAAGCUAUCGGAUUUGCCCUUUCCAACACCUGGGCCAGCAUCUUCUACACCGUGCAUCUGGUCACGGCAUGUCGACACUCGGAAGCCUCGCAAAACGUGACGGAACAGAUAGAGUGGCCAGACGUGGAUCUGAUCAUGGAUAUGCACGGCGCGCGCGACAUUUUUGCAGGCCCGAUUCCGAAGAGCAUCAUCGAUUCUCAGUGCUCCUUUAUGCUUUGCCGAGGCUACCCACCAGACUCCAUCGAGGCGUACAGACGUUGCCUCUCUGGCAGGAUCACGCAGCAAGACGUCCUGCGCCUGGUCGGAGCAAACGAAAACGUGGCAAAGUAUCGACCCAAAGCUCUCGAGGAUCACUCCGUGAUGCUCCUCAUGUUCCAAAAAAAGUACAGGAGCCACCAGCAGGCUCACACGGAGAUGGAUAUCCAUUCCGUCGAAAAGUUGUUGUGCGAUCUCAAGUUGAGGGAGGAAGCGCAGACAAAGGUCAAGGGCAAGUCGACGAAGAAGACGGCUGUGAAUGCGGAGAUGAAGAGGCUGCGUAGACAGCGCAAACAUCAAGAUGCGAAAUACUCCAUCGUGCAGCUAUUGACUGUGCUGGAAGCAGGCUUGGUCUCGGAAACGCAGAGCAUCCGCUUCGACUACAUUUCGAUGCAUCUGCGAUGUCUCGAGUACCUGCGUCGCGUCAAGGUGCGAGUGAACGACUACUUUUCCAGCAAGCUUGGUGCCAAAUGGAUCGACAAUGACGGAGAAAUCCCAUUCGUCGUGGGACACAUUUUCAGGGCCGCAAGCGAGGGACAAUUGGCCUUCCUUACGAACGAGUCUUUGAGAUUCGCAAACAUGCAAAUGGGCAACGAUGCUGCUGGCGGCAUCAUCAGAGUCAGCAAAUCUCUGCUUGCGGCUACCGAUGUGCUGAGGAGAUUUUUGGAGGAGACGAGGCAAGGUGGGGUGGAAGUGGCCAAGAUGGAACAGUCGGGCGCUGGUGGUGCGCGCGGGAUUCCGCGAAAGUAGGCACGGCACGCAAGGCAAAGUUGCGCACUUUUUGCAGACCCGGACAUGCGUGAUCGAUGUGUCCAUGCAAUCAAUCAUGCAUCUUAUUCGCUCC